GCACCCGGCCGAGGAGGCGCUACUGCGGCCGCUCGCCGUGCUCAGGACGUCCCGGCACCAGCACGUCGACUGUUACCUGGUGAGCUGGUGCCGCGCGCCUGGCGAGGAGGUCACCACGCACGAGCCGCGCCCGCUGAUGGAGGCCGCCCACCCGGAGCUGGUGCAGGUGUUCCUCCGCAGCAAGGCGCCCAAGAAGGCGACCGCGCGCCGACCUCGCAAGGUGAAGACUAGAAAUGGCAGCGACGCCACUCCAAGCCAACUCAUCACUGACUUCUUCCCCACGCGGAAGGGGCCCGGUCGACGAGCGACCUCCAAGCUCGUCAGCCCAGCAGAACGGGGUCAGUCGUCAGCGGCGUGCUGCGAGUCGACGACGCCGCUGCGGUCCGACCAACGGCCAGGCCUGGUCCUUCCUGGUGCCGUCCCCGGUCUCGUCUGCGCCGAGACCGACUCCGAUGUACCCAGCUCGGUGGGCGACGCCAGCGGCCCGGCCCGGACAGUCGACUCGCGCGCCGUCAUCGACUCGCCUCGUUCUGCGCCCAGAGAGGAUGGCUUCGCCUUGCACGUCGCGGACAGCUCGGCUCGCUCGCUCAGCGAGGCGGUCUCGCCGCCGGCCGGCGCGGGGAGCGAGGUCAGCGAAGCCAACUCGGAGGCGGAGAAGGACGAGGCCAGCGAGGCCAACUCGGAGGCGGAGGAGGACGAGGCCAGCGAGGCCAACUCGGAGGUGGAGGAUGAUGUCAGCGAGGCUGAUUCUGCAGAGGAGGAGGAGGAUGUGCCGGACCUGUCGGCUAUUAUCGACGCCAUCACGCGGACGCACAUCUCUGACGCGGCGCUGCUGGUGGUCAGCGACGACGAGGCGGACGCCGCGGCGCCGGCGCUGCAUGGCGGCGGAAAGGAGGCGCGCCGCUCCGGCGGUGACGGCGGCGGCCGGGGCAGGUCCCCGCAGCGAGCAGGCCUGAUCCCGGGGGCCGAGUCUGUGUGCGCCCACGGGGCGGUGUCGUCCGACUCGGAUUGCGAGCGCGGUCGGGGGUGCGUGCCCACACCUUCCGGACGGGACCUGACCGCAGCGGAGACGGCGGUCGACUCGGACAGCGAGACGGAGCAGGAGUAUGUGCCGCUCCGCCACCGGCUCACCCUGAAGGCCUAGCCGCGCUCCCCAGCUCGACGCUGGGCUGUGUCCGGACACUGUCGGCCGAACAGGGGUGCGUUUUCUGCUCGCGGAGAGGGGUGCGUUUUAGGCUUGCGUCUCGAGUUACACACGUCCUGCUGGAAACAUCGAUUCUGUGCUCAGACUCUUGUACCGAGCCGUGCAUUUUACGAGUUCACUCCUGCACGGGUGGUCGAAUUAUGCGUCACUGUGCCUGAUUGAUUGGCGGAUUAUACGGAUGGGUCGUCGGAGUCGUGGUUUAUGCUUGGCAGAUAUGUGUCCCGCUGUCAGCUCUUCGAAUCGUGAUUGGUUUGGGAAGGCCUGACUCUCCGCCAGAUGCGUAUGGUUUUCCGGCGACUCCUACAGGACCCGUGUGGAAUUGUUUGCUUUGCUGUGGCGUGUUGCGGCUGGCCGGAGCCAGUGAUGUUCGGCGGCAGCAGAGUGCGAUUAGGACUUGACGGCGCAGCCAGCUGCCGGGGCUGUGUGGCGGCACCUGCCGCUCGCUCCGGCGGGGAGGGACGAUAUCGCGGGAAGCCCCCCACGUCGGGGAAUUCUCGAAUCCCCCGAAGCCGCACCUCUGGUUUCCCGGACGCGCAGCUUGGCCACAGACCUAUGGUACCCUGCGCGGUGUUAUGGUCGUCCUUGCCGUGGUAUCGCGUAUACGGAACACCGGCUCAGCACUGCAUGAUCUGUUCACAGGACGUCAUGCUGGCUGUGUCCGGCCCAUAGCCAGGAAUAUGGUUCAGAUAUGGGGCUUUCUGAAAGAGAACUUGGAUACGCUACGCGUUGCAACGUUGGCAGAAUGUUCAACGCACCGAUUACAGAUCCAAUCGCAUGUGCCAAAGGAAUUGUGUCGUCGGAUGCUGCGCUGAAGACACGGAUGAAGACUGCGUCAUGUUGCCGUGUAGGCGGUUACUUGCCAACUGAAGCUUAUGUCAGGGUCGGAGACAUUGUGAAUAGGAAAAGUAGUCGUGACGCGAGAUAUAUGCAGCUUGUUUGAUGCAUGUCAACGGCCGCUGCGAACAGGACUUUAAACGA